AUGGAAUCAGAACCAUCCUCGAACGGUAGCAGCUGUGAGGAAGCCCAUCGAUUCCUAGACGCCCACUACGAUUCCGACCGCCUGCUCCGGAACAAACCACCUCCACUGAUCAUCACCAAGGCGACGGACUUUCUCCGUGAAGCUACUUCGACGGACCGGUCUCUCCUUAGCUCUUUAGCUACGUUGGUGAUCAAGUCCAUCGAGUUUCAAGUAAGUUUGAUGCUAAGCUUCGUAAAGUUCCCUCCUUGGCUGAUUCAUAUCUGCUUAAGCUUCGUUAUGGAUCCUUAUCGUACAAUGAGACGCGGCAGACGUUAUCUCAUAUCAAAGGUUGUAGAGUUAUGUGAGUUAGGGUUGAACGAUGAUAAGCUCGUGUUGGAGACUGUGCGCAGGUUAGCAUUGGGCCUGUUAUGGGCUGUGCAUGUAGUCAUCGUUUUGUUUGCAAUGUUGGUAUCUGCGUUUAUGAUUAGUGGGUUUGUGUUAACCCUUUUGGCUCAUGAACCACUUGUCGUUAAAGAGAGUUUGAGUUUUGAUUACACAAAGAAUAAUCCAGAAGCAUAUGUGCCCAUUACACCAGUUAACAGUCCGAAUCAGAGGACAGAGGUCAGUGUCUCGAUGACGUUACCUGAGUCUGAGUAUAAUAGAAACCUCGGGAUGUUUCAGGUUCGUGUGGAAUUUUUAUCAGAGAACGGUCAAGUGCUCGCAACUUCAAGGCGGCCGUGUAUGUUGAGGUUUAGAACCGAGCCUAUCCGUCUUGUCCGGACUUUUCUGAAGAUUGCUCCGCUUGUCUCUGGCUAUGUUUCUGAAACUCAAACCUUGAAGGUAAAGCUCAAAGGCUUUUCAGAAAAGGACGUUGUUAGUACUGCUUGCGUUAAGGUAAUGAUUGAGCAACGUGCGGAGUUUCGUGGUGGAGCAGGUGUUCCAGAGAUUUAUGAAGCGUCUCUGUUGCUUGAAUCUGAGCUUCCUUUCUUGAAGAGGAUGAUAUGGAACUGGAGGAGGACUUUGUUUGUGUGGAUCAGCAUGUGUUUGUUUGUUACGGAACUGGUUUUCGUCAGAUGUCUGAUCAUACCAAGAGCAGGUCAGAGGACAUAACAAAGUGAUGGAACUCAUUCCAUCAACAAUACUUCAAAUCUGGCAAAUCUGGAUGGUUCAGGCGGGAAGUAGAUAAAUGGAAGGUUGUUGUAACGGUCGGUACUUACACUUGCUGUAACUUAGUUUCUUCACAUGUGGUUCCAUUAAGUUCCUUAUCAAAGUUGUAAUAUCAUUGCCUGCUAAUCAAUGUGUAAUAUUUGUCCGUAUAGACUUUUAUGCUAUGUUGUUCUUCAAUCAUUUCCUAGGGCAAAAACUCCAAGA